AUGAAGUUUGACAGAAAAACAGCGUGUGAGCUGAAAUCACUGACAAACUGCGCAGCCCUUUGUCUGCUGUUGUGGGUGGUGCUCUUAUUGUAUUAUGACCCAUUUCUAAUACUCUGGUGGCCUCAGAGACCAACUGAGAAAACCCUGACGACCUCUUUACCUCUGGAUAUGGCUACAGAAUCCAUUGAUGACAUGUACGAUGGCUGCCGAUCUAACACAGCCUCUGUGAUUGACCUUUAUGGCGUGUUCGAGUGGCACUUCAACAGAAACUUCAGUUUUGCCUGGGCAUUCGCCGAAAGAAAUGCAAAGAAACCAGCGCACAAGAACCUUAAAGACGACCACGCGACAGUUUUGUACCUGUACACCAAAGUGAAACACAUCCGUGAAGAGUUCAACAAAGCAGUGAAAACAGGGAAACACAAGUACAGCACAGAUGCAUUUAAGUUCCAUUACUUCUACUUCUAUUUGACGGACGCUAUUCAAGUUCUGCAUCACACACAGACACGGUGCAAGACCACCUAUCACAGGACAUGGAAAAAGUUCAAGCAAAAUAUCGUCAACACAAACAUGCGUUUUGGUGCUUUUACAUGGACAACUUCAAACAAGAGCUCAGCUGGAUUCAAUGGGAAUGUUUCCUGUUUUGAGAUCUAUACAUGUCUCAGUGCUGAUAUCACAUAUUACUCCAGCAUAAACCAGAGGGGACAAGUGCUCAUUCCUACCUAUGAGGUUUUCAAGGUCACAGAUGUUCUCACAAACGAUCCGUGGUGCAGUGUGGUCUAUAAGCUACAAAGCACCAAAGUGCCAAGGAGAUAUCUCAACUGUAAAGCGACUGAAAAGCUCAUAAAUAUAUACAUUGGACCUGGUUCAACACACUGGCAAGGAAGCCAAGUUGUGAUGAUGUCAGCAUGUGGGAUCCUGCUGAUAAUAAGUUCUUCUGUUCUUGUAAAAUACAAGGAGAAGUGCUACGUGGCUGCAGUGCUGGGGGCUCUGCUGGUGUUCGUAGCUGUCGCUUUAAUGUUGAGUUAG